AUGAAAUCUACUGUGGCUUUGAGUCUUCUAUCAGGGGCUUUGGCACUGCCGGCCGCGAACCCCGCGCCGCAGACAGUGUCUUUCGGCAAGAGAAAUAUGCUCACUCGACCCAAUGGCGAAGCCAACGUUGCCGGAAUCUUAGCGUCCUUGAACCACACAUUGCAUAAAUAUAAUCUGAAACCGCUUCCAUACUACGCUCCAGUCGCUGUGCUGCAGGCAGAGCUGUUCAGCGUCGACGUAGAGAAGAGACAAGCAAACCUUCCCCUGAUCGAUCAGACGCAGCUUGGAACCGAAGAUGUAGCAUACUAUGGCUCCAUCACCAUUGGAGGUGGCGAUGGGAAAGCACAGAAAUUCAAUGUCAUCUUUGACACGGGCUCUGCCGAUGCUUGGGUCCCCGGUCCUUCCUGUACUAAAGCGAGGGGCUGCACCCAUACGACGAAGUACGAUCAAGGUGGACGCAACUUGGGUACGAAGACAAGUAUACAAUAUGGGUCCGGCUCCACCGAGGGCGAAAACUACGUUGACGACCUUACGAUCGCAGGCCUUACUUCAAAGAGCCAAACCUUAAUAUCAGUGACUACGGCUGCUGGUUUCACUCAGGUCGAUGCGGAUGGCCUUGUUGGGAUGGGUUUUUCCAGCAUUGCUCAGGAUAACGGGACCACGGUUUUCGAGAAUCUCAUUGCUCAAGGCACAGUUCAGGCGGAUGAAUUCAGCUUCUACCUUGGUCGGGUCUCAGAGAAAACAGGAAGGAACUCACAACUGACUCUCGGUGGCCGCGACAGUACUAAGUAUAAGGGGAAUUUUGUGACUGUCCCUGUUUCGUCCCAGACCUACUGGCAAGUUGCACUAGACGGUGUCAAAGUUGGAGGUAAGAAAGUAGCCGGUACCGCGGGUCAGGCAGCCAUUGAUACAGGUACCACUAUUCUUUUGGCCCCUACUGCCGUCGCCAAGGCCGUAUUCGACGCGAUUCCUGGCAGCAUCGGACUGAAUCUGGCUGGCGAGCACAUUUACCUAUACCCUUGCAACACUGCUGUUACCAACAUUCCGAAAAUCACCUUUGCUGGCCAGGACCUCGCCAUCAACCCACUAGACUUCAAACUUGGUUCGUUAAGCGCCGCAGAUGUUGACAACCUGGCCCUUGGUGACAGGGCUCUGGCGGCUCAGAUCCGAGAGCAGAUGGCUCGCGCGGGCUUAUGCAUUGCUGGAUUUGCGGGGGGCGAUUUGACCGGCAUUGAUGACCUCUACAUCGUGGGAGACACAUUCAUCAAGAACUGGUAUUCUGUGUUCUCUUAUUCUGCUGCUAACGGCAAGCCGGCCGUGUUAUUCGCCCCCAAUAUUGGCCAAUCUUGUCAAUGGAUCGGUGGGUAUGGACCAACGGAGUUUAUCUAG